CGGGGCCUGGGGCCCAGGCUGCUCGCGGCUCUGACAGCUAAGUCGGCUCGCGGCCUCCCGCCCCCUCGGCUCCCGGCGCCGACCCCGGCCGGGCCUGACCAAGAGCCAUGAGCCCCGGGCUGCUGCUGCUUGGCAGCGCCGUGCUGCUCGCCUUCGGCCUCUGCUGCACCUUCGUGCACCGCGCUCGCAGCCGCUACGAGCACAUCCCCGGGCCGCCGCGGUCCAGUUUCUUUCUAGGACACCUUCCCUACUUUUGGAAAAAGGAUGAGGUUGGUGGUCGAGUGCUCCAAGAUAUGUUUUUGGAGUGGGCUAAGAAAUAUGGACCUGUGGUGCGGGUCAACGUCUUCCACAAAACCUCAGUCAUUGUUACGAGCCCCGAAUCAGUCAAGAAGUUCCUGAUGUCAACCAAGUAUAACAAGGACUCCAAGAUGUACCGUGCCCUCCAGACCGUGUUCGGAGAGAGGCUUUUCGGCCAGGGCUUGGUGUCCGAAUGCGACUAUGAGCGGUGGCACAAGCAGCGCAAAGUCAUGGACCUGGCUUUCAGCCGGAGCUCCCUGGUCAGCUUGAUGGAGACAUUCAAUGAGAAGGCCGAGCAGCUGGUGGAGAUUCUGGAGGCCAAGGCGGAUGGGCAGACCCCGGUGUCCAUGCAGGACAUGCUGACCUGCGCCACCAUCGACAUCCUGGCCAAGGCAGCCUUCGGCAUGGAGACCAGCAUGCUUUUGGGAGCCCAGAAGCCCCUGUCCCAGGCAGUGAAGGUGAUGCUGGAGGGGAUCAGCGCCUCCCGCAACUCACUGGCGAAGUUCACGCCGGGCUGGAGGAAGCGGCUGCGCGAAGUCCGGGCGAGCAUCCAUCUUCUGCGCCAGCUGGGCGAGGACUGGGUGCAGCAGCGCCGUGAGGCCCUGCAGCGAGGCGAGAGCGUGCCGGCCGACGUCCUCACGCAGAUGCUCAAAGUGGAAGAGGGAGCCCAGGACGAUGAGAUCCUGCUGGACAAUUUCGUCACCUUCUUCAUUGCUGGUCACGAGACUUCUGCCAACCACUUGGCCUUCACGGUGAUGGAGCUGUCACGCCAGCCUGAGAUCGUGGCCAGGCUGCAGGCUGAGGUGGACAAGGUCAUUGGUUCUAAGAGGCACCUGGACUACGAGGACCUGGGCAGACUGCAGUACCUGUCUCAGGUCCUCAAGGAGUCCCUGAGGCUGUACCCGCCGGCCUGGGCCACCUUCCGCCUGCUGGAGGAGGAAACCCUGAUCGAUGGGGUCCGAGUCCCCGGAAACACUCCACUCUUGUUCAGCACCUAUGUCAUGGGGCGGAUGGACACCUACUUCGAGGACCCGCUGACUUUCAACCCCGAUCGCUUCAGCCCUGGAGCACCCAAACCUCGCUUUACCUACUUUCCCUUCUCCCUGGGCCACCGCUCCUGCAUCGGGCAGCAGUUUGCUCAGAUGGAGGUGAAGGUGGUCAUGGCCAAGCUGCUGCAGAGGCUGGAGUUCCACCUGGUGCCUGGGCAGCGCUAUGGGCUGCAAGAGCAGGCCACGCUCAAGCCGCUGGACCCCGUGCUCUGCACCCUGCUGCCCCGGGGCUGGCAGCCCGCGCCCCCGCCCCCGCCCUGCUGACUCCAGGUGCAGCCACACCAUCCUCACCAUCCUCCACUGCCCGCAGUCCUGUCCCUCCCCGGCCGUCCUCUGUGCUGGCUCCUGCGGGCCCUGGGCCACCACGACCACCUGCUUCACACCCUUGGCGCUCCCCGUCACCCGCAGCUCUGAGGCCCUCCCUGAGGUCUUCCUGCUCUUCCAGCUUGGAAGCAGCUCUCCUUCAAACACUGUAACUCUUACUCAUGCUCUAAGCCCUCUCCACUAGCCCCCUCCUCCAGGAAGUCCU